GAAACGGUCGCGGAGCGAUGACGUCGCGGGGGCCAGGCCGGGCGUCGCGGUCUCCGGAGAUGGAGGAAAAGGAGCAAUUACGGCGACAGAUCCGCCUCCUGCAGGGUCUGAUUGAUGACUACAAAACCCUUCAUGGCAACGCCUCUGCCCCGUGCACCUCUGCUGCCUCCCGGUGGCAGCCGCCUGUGUACCCUAGCAGCAGGUCCUUCACUGCCCGCUACCCUCGUCCAAGCCGCAGGGGGUUUGCCCCCCACCACGGGCCUGCAUGGCGUAAGAAGUACUCCCUGGUGAACCGGCCUCCAGGAGCCACGGACCUACCUGGUGACCAGGCUGCACAGCCUGCCCUGGGUGCUGGGACCAGCCCGGGGCCUGACCCACAGCCCUGUGUCCUUGAAAGGCAGGUCCAGCUCAGCCCAGAUCAGAACAUGGUCAUCAAAAUUAAACCACCACCAAAACCAGACUCAACCAGUGGCUUGGGGGCCCAGCGGCAUCCUUUGGAGGAGUGUGAGGGCACUCCCUGGAGUGACCAGAGACCCCAGGAGGGCGAAGGAGAGCCCCCUGGUGGGAAGCUGCAGCCCUCAAGGCCAGGCAGAGUCAAGGAUCUAUGCAGUGGGGAGGACCCCCUGCUGGUCUGCCAGAAGGAGCCAGGCAAGCCGCGUGUGGUGAGGUCCGUAAGCAGUGUGAACGGGAGCCCCCCGGAGCCCCGGCGGACAGUCAGCGAGGGCACGAUUGAAGUCAAGACCCGCAUCCCGUCCACCCUGCCCCAGCGCAGUGGUGGGGCCCCAGGCCGGAAGGUGGGUUUGCACUCGGCAGCCAGCUGUGCCACGCAGCUCCUUGGAGACGGAAGAGUGGAUGCUGGCCGUCCAGAUCAGCCAGCCCUCUUGGGCUUGGCAGUGGUUCCAGCCCGAGCAACCCCAGGGCCUAGGCAGGCCCGGGAGGCCUCGAGACUUGUGUCCUGUCGAACCAGCAAGUUCCGGAAGAGCAACUACAAAUGGGUGGCUGCCUCGACCAAGAGUCCCCGGGCCACCCGGAGGGCCCUCAGCCCCAGAGCAGCUGUGGAGAACACGUGCAAAGCCUCCGUCAGCGUGGCAGAGAGGGCGGGGAAGCCACAGCUCAGAGCCAACCUGGAUGCCAAGCCUGGGGCCUCCCCGAGCAAGUACAAGUGGAAGGCCUGCAGCCCCUCAGGCUCCUCUUCCUCCUUCCACUGGCAACCAGAGGCUGGCCCUGGGGACCCUGCUGCCCCGCUCUCCCCAGUCCUGUCACAGUCACCCCCCGAGGACAGACUGGCGGCGGGGCCCAGUGGCUCGAAGCCACUCCUUGGGGAGACCCCACUCUUGGGGUACAAGGUGAAGAGCCGCACCAAGAUCAUCCGGCGGCGGGGUGGUGCCAGCCUGUCUGGGGACAAGAAGACCAGCCCACCUGCUACCACUGCAAAAAGCCACUUCAGCCUCCGGCGGAGACAGCCCCUGCGGGGGAAGGGCAGCCCUGUUUUGAAGAAGACCCCCAAUAAGGGCCUGCUGCAGGUCACCAGGCACCGGCUGUGCCGCCUGCCACCAGGCCGGGCCCACCUCCCUACAAAGGAAGCGUGCAGCCUGUACACCCUGCGCUCGCCCCCCCCCAGCAAAGUGAUCAAGACACGCUACCGCAUCAUCAAGAAGAGCCCGGCCUCCCCCCUCAGCACCCCACCCAUCCACCUGGCUCUGCCCACCUGGCGCACCCGGCGGCUCUCACUGCCCAGGUCCCUGGUGUUGAAUCGCCUCCGUCCAGCCACCACUGGAUCUGGGAAAGCCCUGCCGAGUGCCCCCCGGUGGCGGAACAAGGGUUACCGCUGCAUCGGAGGGGUCCUCUACAGGGUGUCAGCCAACAAGCUCUCCAGGACCUCGGGCCGGCCCAGUGAUGGGGGCAGCAGGCUGCUCCCCCGCACAGGCCGCCUGGACCCAGCCAGCAGCUGCAGCCGCUCCCUGGCCAGCCGGGCCGUGCAGCGCAGCCUGGCCAUCAUCCGCCAGGCGAGGCAGAAGAGGCAAGGGCGGAGGGACGAGUACUGCAUGUACUACAACCGCUUUGGCCGCUGCAACCGCGGUGAGCGCUGCCCCUACAUCCACGACCCUGAGAAGGUGGCCGUGUGCACCAGGUUCCUCCGGGGCACCUGUAAGAAGACAGAUGGGACCUGCCCCUUCUCCCACCACGUCUCCAAGGACAAGAUGCCCGUGUGCUCCUACUUCCUGAAGGGAAUCUGCAGCAACAGCGACUGUCCCUACAGCCACGUCUACGUGUCCCGAAAGGCAGAGGUCUGCAAGGACUUCCUCAAAGGUUACUGCCCGCUGGGUGCCAAGUGCAAGAAGAAGCACACGCUGCUGUGCCCUGAUUUCUCCCGCCGUGGUGUCUGCCCCCGUGGCGCCCAAUGCCAGCUGCUCCACCGCAGCCAGAAGCGCCCUGGCAGGAAGGCCCUCCCAGCCCCCACAACCAGUGACAUGCACCCCCGGAGCAGGGUCUGCACUGGCCACGGGCCCAGGAAGUCCUCGGCCACCCAGCGCCCUACCAGGCUGACACCCAGCUCCCCCAACUCCGCAGCAGCUGCCCCAGCCCCGGCCCUCUCCCACUCCAUCCCUGCAGGCUUAGCCUCUGCCUCCACCUCCCACAUGUCAUCCACGGCCUCCUCCUCCUCCUCCUCCUCCUCCUCCUCCUCCCCAUCCCCCUCCUCCUCCCCCUCCCCCUCCCCCUCCUCGUCCUCGCCCUCCCUGUCCCCAGCCUCCCGGGGCCCUCAGGCAGCCUCUGUCCAGGAGACAGCGUCGGCUGUGACGGGUUCCAGCACCCUCUCCAAGCUGCCCUCCUUUAUCUCUCUGCGGUCCUCGCCCAGCCCAGCCCACCAACCCAGCGCCCGUGCCCACAGGAGCCCCCCAACCAAGGACUCAGGGAAGUCUCUGCACAUCAAACCCCGCCUCUGAGGCCCUGGGCCAGCCCACUACCUCAGCCGUCCUGGAAGGAAGGAAACCAACUCCAUGCACACUGCCAGGGGUGCCCACUGAGCCCUGGGCAGCAGCACGACUUGGGCCCCCAGCCUCCCGGGACCAGCAUGUGCCAGCCGCGCCCAGCCGGUCCCCAAGACUCCUCCCUGCCCCUGGGUCUGCGGCAGGUCGCCCAGGCCCCCCGCCCGGCCUGUGGGGCACUAGGUAGAGUUCACCCCGGCCUGUCCCAUAGUACCCUGCCUGGAGGACUCCUUGCCAGGCCACCGGGCGGCGUUUUAUUUUCAGCAAUAAAGGUCAUGUCCCACAUCUGUGUGCCCUCCUGCCUGCCACCCGCCGCACCUCUUGGUGCCACCCCAGAAGGUCUUUGAGGCUGAGGUCGAGGGGCUCGAGGGGAAGCGCGGGCAGGCACCAGCCUGGGAGCAACAGGGCCUUCAGGGGGCCUGCUUCAUGCCUCCCACCUUCCCUCUUGGCCCUGGGCCCACAUGGGCGGCUGACGUGGGGCAGCUGGCCCAGCUCCUCCCCUGCCUCUGAGCAGGAAUGUUGGGGUCACUUGGGCCCCACUUCCCUGCCCGUUGGGGUGGUUGAGAGGCCGACCCCGCCUGCUGUUUGGUGGGAGGCUAGGCCUCUGGGACAAGCCGGAUAGGACAAACUCUGGGUACCACAAAGCCAGCAGCCUGUGGAAGCAGCUGGUCCAGGCCCCUACCUCCUGCCCUGUAUGGCUCUAGGUCGUGCCUGGAGGCCAGGUAUGGGGACGCUAUGGGGACAGGGCCCCAGUUCAUGGGUUUUUGGGAAGGGCAGAACCCAGCCCCGGACUCCUGGACUCCAGAGGCAGCAUGGAAGAGGCUGAGGGUGAGGUGUUGAAGACCCCUGUGUCCCACCUCCCCCACGCCCCUGUGAAAAUGAGGAAUGGCCCUUAAGGACUCCCAGGCCCUGCCAGCAGCCCCGUCCUGGGCUGGCCCUGCACCGCCGCCCGUCACUGGCCUGGCAGCGAAGGGCAGCUCUGCCCAGUGGGAACAGGCUAAUCACAUAAGGAUGUGGCAGGUGGUCUGCCCAGGCCUUGGCCAUCUGCUGCGCCUGAGACUGACUGCCUCAGGCCUAGCCCCUCGCUCAGCCUGCCCAGGGCCCUUUGGUGCUGAGGUGGGAGGCACCACAAACAAGCUUUGUGGGGACGGGGCUGCAGGCUAGUCCUCCCUCCCUCCAUGGACUCAUGGCUUCUCAAGGCUAUCUAGUGGUUCCACUGUGCCACAUGCCCUCCCGUUGGCCCCUCCUGCUGCGUCCCUGGAGGGGGUCAGGACAGGGAAGGCCACCAUGGAGUUGACGUUUACACUGAGGCCUGAAGCUGCGUGAGCAGCAGCGAGUGUGGGCUGGUGGGACCCCCAGACCAAGACCCUGAGGCCAGAGGC